AUGCUUGGAACACCGUAUUCUUAUCGACUUCGUCGUGUUAAGAGACAUGUAACUUUGCUCUCGGUUCAUCGUUUUGUGCACGGUCUGUUAUUGUUACAGAGAUCGUCUUUGCCUUUGCUGUUAAUUCUUUUAGCUAACGAUGUGGAAUUAAAUCCUGGUCCAGUUAUUUCAUCUGAGCAUCUCGAACACGGUUCAUCCGUCGUAAAUAAUCGAAGCAACACCAUCGCGACUGAACGUAAGACAUUUCGCUGUUUGAGCUGGAAUACGCGAAGUUUGUUUAGUUUACAUAGAACAACUGAUGGAGAAAUGAUAUCAAAUAAUUCAAGUCUUCAAGAUUUUGUAUACUCGGAGCAAAUAGACAUCGUUUUCCUCACUGAAACGUGGCUGUCCGAUAAACACUUUGAUGCAGAAAUUUUACGUCAAGAUUAUAACGUUUUCCGUGUCGACCGUAAAUGUAAAACUGGCGGUGGCGUACUAAUAGCUACAAAAGAGUCUUCUUUUACAUAA